AUGCUGAUCGAAUCUGCAGCGGCUGAAUUCAACCUGGCUGAAAGUUAUUUCGGUGGAAUCGAUUUCUCAAAGGAGCCCGAGGGCAUUAAGGACAAUCUCGAAACCCUGAUGAGAGAGGGGCGAGAGAAGUUCAUUGCAGAAAUCAAGAAGUCAAGCAUUCUGGGUUAUGCCUUCAAGGCCAAUCACACCGGCAAGUCUUUCCACCUGACGUCUGUUGGCCGUGAUUGUUAA